AUGUCACCAAGUGGAGGACCGAUUUUUCUACUACUUUUUAUACUAGCUUCCGUGUUGGCAGCACCACUUCCGGAAAAACCUAGGAAACGACUACCUACAGCCAUUAUUAUUGGUGUUAAGAAGGCCGGAACCCGAGCGCUACUCGAAUUCUUGAGGUUAAACCCAAAAAUUCACGCCCCGGGCCCCGAGGUCCAUUUUUUCGACAAGAACUACGACAAGGGGCUGGAGUGGUACAGGUCGGUAUUACUUUUG